GGAAGUGAUCGGUUAAAUAUUUAGAUGUUUUCCUUUAUUUGAUGGAGUAAGAGGAAACAUAAAACUAUAUCUGAACACAGUCAGAUGAUCGAGAGUGCUGACGACUGGGAACAUCUGACCGAUCCAGUUCUACUUCACGUUUUCUCUUAUUUGGAUAAAAAUGAGUUAAACAGCGUAUGCAGAACGUGCAAGAAUUGGUAUCGAAUAGCCCAGGAUGAAAGUUUAUGGAAAGCGUUAACGUAUGUGAAUAUAGGAUGUCGUUACUCUCGACAUGACGUCAGUUGGAAAUCGGAAUUGAAGCGCCUAACUUACCAUGCCCCUACCCGUCUGCAUCAAACGUGCGAGGGUCACGUGGAUGAAAUCUACUAUGUGUGCUUUUCUAAUAGCGGCAAAUUCAUAGCUACCUGUGGAGCAGACGGUAUUGUAAAGGUAUGGAAAUAUGGCAACAAUACGGAGCUUUUACACUCCCGUCAAGUCGUGGAUCCGCCGUCGUAUGCCAACUACGUGGAGUUCAAUGAAGCUGAAACGCACCUUAUCGUGAACUGUAUGAUGAGAGAAGAGGGGGGAUUACAGGUCGCACUGGCGGUGCUCGCCAUUGCCAAAGAUCUUGCAGUCGUGGCGGCGAGGCAUUCGUGGUUUCCUAAUUUUAGAGGAACCUGGCUGACGAAUGACACUUUCCUUUUAGCAGAUGUAUUGGCAUACUUUUUCUCCAAUGAUAACGUGAAGUUAAUUAGCUGUAAGUUCUAUGAGGACGAAUUGGAAAAUCCGGAACUUUAUGAACGCCCUCUUCUAGAGCAUCUCACGGAUGACAAUGUGGAAUUAUGGUCUCUACUAGAAAUGGUGCGCGAUGAGUAUCGACCUCAUUUAGUUAAGGUCAUUGAGUGGUCAAAAUGGAACCAAGAUUCUUCAAUCGAACGCGUGGAGAAUUCCCGACCAAGCGAGAGGGUAGUGAUUAUAUACCAGCAGAGUCUGGAAUGGGAUAUUGUCCACAGACUGGUAUUCUAUAAAAUUGACAUAGAUUCCGAGACUCCAAGUGUUGCAGAACCGAUAAAAAUAAUCAUGAUAAACAGUGGUUGUCUGGGAGUGAAUCUAUCAGCAGAUCAUAGGUACAUAGUGUACAAUUUAAGGAGGGUUUGUAUAGAUGGUGAUAACAGCUGGUACGAAAAAGAUGUCAAUACAAUGGUGAUCAAUCUAGCAAACAUUGGAGAAAAACCGGAAGUGUUUGAAGGAAACAAAGCUUUAGAGCAGUCUGCAACAAUAUUUUACUUCUUCCCUAGCAUUUCUUCCGAUUUCCUUGCAAGCGGAUCUGAACAAGAUGUUGCUUUUCUUUGGGAUCGUCAUUCGAAACACGUCAUCGCUAAAUUACCUCACACACUUCCGGAUCCAAAAAAUGGAGUGAAUGCUGUCGCCUUUCAUCCACGUGACCAGGAAGUUUUAAUUAGUGUAGCAGAUGAUUGCAAAGUUAGGAUAUGGAUGUCAAAAAACAGAGAAAGACAUUUUUAGCUGCAAAAUGAAAUACUGUGAUUAACGCCUUGCGUAUACCACUUAUAUAGUGAUAUUAAAUGAAAAACUGUGUGCAAUUAAGUCAAACUCGCUCUGCAUAAUAUUAUAAUAGUUUUAUUAAUGUGAAUCUUGUAUACUUACUGUCAAUAAAUUAUGAAAAAAGUUG